GGUUCACGCGUUGCGCCCUGGAAACUGGAGCCGGGAAAGACGUAACGACUCAAGAUGGCGAAGGGUUUGGACGAGCUCUUGGAUGAGGUCGAGUCCAAGUUUUGCAGCCCGGACCCACUGAGCCUGGACAAGGUCGAGCGGCCCAGAGGCUGCGGCGGUGGCGGUGGCGGUGGCGGUGGCAUCCUCAGCAACGACUGGAACCGAGGCGAGGCGAAAGAGAAUCUCAGAUCAACAGAAACGUUUAAAAAAGAAGAUGAUCUUGACAGUCUUAUUAAUGAAAUAUUUGAAGAGCCCAACUUUGAUAAAAAACCCUUUAAAUUAAAAUCUAAAUCUUCAGGUAACACAUCUGUCAGAGCUUCCAUUCAAGGCCUUGGUAAAAGUUGCAGCCCAGUGUACCUUGGUGGAAGCACUGCUCCAUGUGGGGUUGGAACAACUACUUCACAGAGAGUGUGUGACCAUCUGCGUUGCAUAGCGUGUGAUUUCUGGGUGGUAAGCUACGAUGACUGUAUGUGGGACAAAUCAUGCGAUUAUCUGUUUUUCAGGAACAACAUGCCAGAAUUCCACAAAUUACAAACUAAGUUGGUAAAGAAGAAAGGCGCGCGGGCAUACGCCUGCCAGUGUAGCUGGAGAACUAUUGAAGAGCUGACUGACCUUCAGACCGAUCCUCAACUGCGCUGGGUUUGUGGUAAACAUUAAGAAUGCAGACUUUUCACAUUCAGCUCAAAUGCAUCCAUGACAGCAGUCUCCACUAAUCAUCGUAAUAUUUAGGUAAAGGUACAUUGCAGUAUCAUGCCCUUUGGAAAAAGACAGGAAAUUUCAUUUAAUGACUACAAAUUUUUGAAGACCAAAUGGACUUGUUCCCUUUUGACAUAUGCACAUUUUACUUUGUAAGUAAGGUAACAGGUUAUCUAAAUUCUUCUUUACCAGCCUAUCUCCUCCUAAAUGGAAGUUUAAUUUUGGAGUUUCAUACAAAUAUAUAGCCAUUGAUUAGCAACUGCAGUAUUACUGACUGCUGAUACACUUAGCAUAAACAUUCCUCAUUUAUAGCAUUUAAAGGGGAUAAAACCGGCCAAUGCAGAGAGGUCAUUGAGAGGUAUACACAUCACCCUCCUCUAAUCAGAGCUGUUAUUGCCAAAUAUCAUAAUUUAAACAUGGCAGAUACUAUGUAAGCAGUGACUAACUGAAGGGUUUUCAGGAGUACAGCUAUAUUGUAAAUGAAAACACUGCCUAUUUCUGAUCUUACCAACUUAAAAGCAAUUUUAUGUCCAAUAAUAAGUAUGUAUUACAAAUUUUAGCUUAUAUCUUCUUUUUGUUCAUUUAGAUAUCAAGUUCUUUAGUUUGAAAUUUUAGCAAAUAUCCAUUUAUAUAUAAAUUUUUGGGGGGGAUGCACCUAAAAUCACAAGGAAAGAUGCCUAAUACAGACAAGUCAUUGUUGGAUUUUCCGGCACUUUCUAGUCUUCAAUGCCCAGAACUCCAAUCAGGUAAAGGGAACCGCACGUAAUGUAUUUUUUCAGGCAGCCUGUUGAUUUUUCUGAUAGAAUCAAAUUGACAUGCGAUUUAUUAGAUGAGCGCAUGAAAAGGGAAAUAAAGCAUCGCUGAACCAACCUGUUGGGCUCCUUCUUGGCAUCACUGAGACUUGAGGAACUCUAGAAUAGCACAUUCAGGAAAUCAGUUACCUUAAAAUUACCAGCUCUCAGCCACCGUGGAAAGAUUCUGGGGGCUUUCCAGCCUGCCAAAAGCUCUUUUUACUACAUGUGUCUAAUAUGUAGUUCAAAUGUGUGACACAAGACAUGCUGAAAGGGAGUAAUUGAAGCAAAGUUAUGAUCUGCUUAGUCUUAUGCUGAAUCCAUUCCAACCACCCUACUUAAGCAAAGAAGAAAAAUCUGGUCAUUAAAAUCCUUUUCCUAGCCAUGACACAUUUGCACAUGUGUAAAACUUACUUUGGUAAGUCUAGCAUUGUAACAAUAAAUCUCCUAGAGGCAAAGGCUCACAUUUUUGUAUUAAGAAUAUGUUUACAGAUCUUAUCUGUCAAUAACAAUGUUUUACUCCCUAAAAUUUUAUCACAGUGGAGUUGUAUCCAGAAACAGGGGGAUUUGGAUUACAGUCACCUAUUCCAAGAAAAGGCACAGCAGCAAGAUCUACACAUUCAGAACCCAGUGGAAUUUGGCACGUUAGUCAUAAUGGGGAUGUUUUCUUUUUAUUCAAAUGAACAAAUUUACUAAAUCAAUUUGAAAAUACAUUUUCUUUUAUUAUUUCACCAUAACUGUCCUAUAACUUGGAUAUAUUGCCCAUGUUUAGCAUUCCAUAACAGUAAUUAUAAUUCUGCAAUGUCAGAAAUGUAUAUAUGAGUUCACAUUUUUGUUGGCAAUUUCCUUUUUAAACUUUCUAAUAUUGUACAAUUUUUAAUCUAAAAUAUAGAAAGAAUAUUAUGUUUAUAUACAAAUGGAUAAAUUAUUACCAGUUGUAAUUUAAGCCAAAAUACAAUUAUUUUAGUAUCAAUGUAGAACAAAAGCAUGGUUUCUUAUGAACUAUAAUUUUAAAAUGCAAGAUCUAUAAAACUUUCAAGAUGUUUUGCCCAUUUGUUUUCAAUAUUUAUGAUUUUCUACCUUUAGAAAGUAUGUUUUGUCAAGCCAAGUAGCUACUUUAUUUGAACGGUAUUAUACUCUCCAACCCUUAUCUUACCUAGAAAUGAAUAAAUAAUAAAUAGCA